AUGGCUUCGGUAAAAGUGGCUGUAAGGGUUCGCCCGUUCAACCAAAGGGAGAAGGACAUGAGCGCAAAACUCAUUGUCCAGAUGGAAGGCAAGAAAACCAGAUUACUAACUGUAAAAAAUAGCAAAGAGCAAAAUGAGGGUAGCCGCGAGAAAUACAAGGACUUCACGUUCGACCAUUCGUACUGGUCGUUCGACCAUGCUGACUCACACUAUGCGUCACAGGAACAGGUUUUCUCCGACCUGGGCCUGGACGUGAUCGACAGCGCGUUCGAAGGAUACAACGCGUGCGUGUUCGCUUACGGACAGACCGGCAGCGGCAAGACCUUCACCAUGAUGGGCUCGCCUGAGUACCAAGGCCUCAUCCCCCGCAUCUGCCGGCAGCUGUUCUCGCGUGUGGCCGCGGGCAAGGAGUCCGGCGCCUCCUACCGCACAGAGGUCAGCUACCUGGAGAUCUACAACGAGCGCGUCAAGGACUUGUUAGCAUCGGAUGCGGGGCAUUCUUUGCGUGUCCGCGAGCAUCCGAAACUCGGGCCGUAUGUGCAAGAUCUGUCGCGGCAUUUGGUGUCCGACUAUGAUGACAUUCAGGAAUGCAUGCACCGCGGCAACCUUCACCGCACAACUGCCUCGACACAGAUGAACGACGUGUCGUCUCGCUCGCACGCCAUAUUCACCAUCACGUUCGUGCAGGCCAGCUAUCUGCGCCACAACAACAUGCCCAGUGAAACAGUUUCUAAAGUCCAUUUGGUUGAUUUGGCUGGCAGUGAGCGAGCAGACGCGACCGGUGCGACAGGGCAGCGACUUGUAGAGGGCGCGCACAUCAACAAAUCUCUUGUUACAUUGGGGUCGGUCAUAUCUGCACUUGCGGAGUCUAGCCAGCAGCCGGUAGAGAAUCGAAAUCAAAAAGGGGCAAAGAAGGUGUUCAUUCCAUACAGAGAUUCAGUUCUGACGUGGCUGCUGAAGGAUUCGCUGGGAGGAAACUCCAAGACUAUCAUGAUUGCUGCUAUAUCCCCCGCUGACUGCAACUACGGUGAAACUUUAUCUACCCUCCGCUACGCGAACCGAGCCAAGAACAUCAUCAACAAGCCGACCAUCAACGAGGACCCCAACGUGAAACUCAUACGAGAGCUGCGCGAGGAGAUCGAGAAACUGCGGGCGCAGAUAUCACACGACACGGAUCCCAUCGAGGCUGAACCAGCAGUACUCGCCACACUGCAACGCAAAGAAGCCCAAGAGAAAGUACUCACAGAAAAAUGGACGGAGAAGUGGCGGGAAACGCAACAGAUCUUACAAGAACAGAAGGCGUUGGGGCUAAGGAAGAGUGGGCUGGGAGUGGUGUUGGACUCCGAUAUGCCCCAUCUAGUGGGGAUAGAUGACAACCUGCUGUCUACUGGUGUGACUCUGUACCAUCUUAAGGAAGGUGAAACGGUAAUCGGCACAGAAGAAUGCUCCCCAACACCAGACAUAGUACUCUCCGGAGCCGGAGUACUGCCGCUACACUGCAGGAUCACAUUACACGAGGGUGUGGCGACGUUGCACCCCGCGCCGUCUGCGCACUGCUGGCUCAACACUGUGCUGCUAGACAAGGCGGCUAAACUUAGCCAGGGUUGCAUCCUACUCCUCGGCCGGACUAACAUGUUCCGAUACAACGACCCCGCAGAAGCAGCGAAACUGAGACAGGAAGGAAACGCUUCUGUCAUGAACUUGUCUCGGUUAUCUCUGCUCUCCUGGUCCACCACCGACUUGGCUGCUAGCACUGAGAACCUAAACACUACCCUAUCGGAUUUGGAAGGCGAAAUCCGCUGCGAGAGGAUAGAAGCUCAACGCGCGGAGUUAGAGCGAGAGAGGCAACAGUUUAUUCUGCAGCAAGAGGAACGGCAACGACGCUGGCAUAGAGAGAGGGAAGAGUUGCUCCAAGCGCAAAAGAAGUUGGAUGAGGAGCGAGAAGCGAUGGAGCGCGAAUACGCAGCGGCAUGCCGACGGCUAUCCGGCGAUUGGCGCGCGUUAGAAAGAGGCUGGACGCACCGACGCCGAGCAUUACGGUCUCGACGACGAGAGCUCACUGCGAGAUCCGAGCGGUUACGAGCGCUGGCUGACACACAUACAAGAGCGGCCGACACGGAGGACUCGCAUGUGGCGGAUCUUCGAGCGCGCGUUGAGGAGAAACGCGCGGAGCUUGAACGAGUGCUCCGGGUGGAACUUGCGGCACAGGGCAUCACUGAGAGCCAGACUCCAAGUCCGUCAAGCCCGAUGUCACCCAACUCUGAGACGUCCACCGAGAGCCUGAUGCACUUGCUGCAACAGUGUGAGCCCACCACUGCCGCCACCAUUCACGACACCGUCGACAGACAUAAAAAAGAGCUACUAGAAUUGGAGGGUGAACUCCAAAGCCGGGUGGCUUCCGUAGCAUCACACCGUGUCAAGAUAGAGAGACUACAGGCUGAACUAGCGCUCUUAGGGACUCAAGACUUGGGGCUCAGACACGCGCUGGCUUCGGACCUCAGCCCUACGGACAGAAGAGAAGGCGACAACGAGCUGUCCCCUGGCGAAGGUGUGAAGAGAAGUAAAUCAGAAUUGGUGUUACGUCACACGCCGCGAGAGGAGGCCCUAGAGCCACUGUCUGCAGACGAGAGGGAAGUGUUCAGAAACAAGCGGCUCAGCUUAAGCCUCAGUCUGGACCCUCUAGCAUCCCUCAACUCCCUCCCCACAGACGAAACAUUCCACACGGCGACAUCGUCCCCACCCCCCUCUAUAACCACCCCCACAACGGAAGAGGUGUCCGCGCUGCCCAGCGAGCCCACGCCCAACUUCCGGCUCGGACCCGUGCCAGACGACAGUGACGACAUGUCCAGCACCGAGGACUACCAUAAGCCAAGGAUAGUGGAAGGGCAGUCCUCCAGCUCAGUAGAACGAUCGCCGGAGGAGAGGCAUCAGAGAGCGAAGAUCAGGAGGAAGAUUGCGACCGAUGGCAAGUCCGGCCGGCGGCAGGUGACCGAGGCAGAAGCGUUGCGCGCGAUGCAGAGGCUGUGCUCGCGUAUAGCGUCGCAGAAGAUGCUGGUCAUCUCCUCCCUCGAGAACGACUGCUCCAAGGAGGAGCUCAACCGACAGAUAGCGGUGCUACAAGAUCUGCAAAAGAAGUACGUCCGUCUAGAGAUGGCCUUACAGUACUCAUUCUUUGACAACGGCAAAAGCAACGGACGCUCCACGGUCACUCCCAUACAAGAGAUGCCUUCGCUCACGCUCAGCGAGAGCGAUGUGCUCGCCGACCCGCCCAACGACAGGUUAAAAGACACAGAAAUCGAAGCAUCCGACAACGUGUCGACAUCCAACGACGAGACGGCAGAGUCCUGGGACGGCAUCGACGACCCUUUACGGCGCGCGGCGCGGACGCAUAUAGAGCCCGAGCCUAAUGGCAACGAGCUUAUAGUAGACGUGCCGACACCGGACCCUCCGGCCACAGUCGGUCUUAUGCACCCCAUCGAUUUUAACUCGGUGGUAAGCAUCCCUGGCUGGGUAACGCGCGGCGCAGGCGCGUCCACGCACCACGAGUACGAGGUGCGCAUCCGGCUCGGGUCGCACCGCUGGGCGCUGCUGCGCCGCUACCGCCGCUUCCGGGACCUCUACCUCGCCAUGCGGCGGACAUACGGACACAAGGUGGCGUCGAUCCCGUUCCCGUCGCGGCAGCUGUGGCAGUCGGAGGCGGUGGCGCGGGCGCGGCGCGGCGCGCUGGAGGCGUUCCUGCGGCGGCUGCUGGCGGUGUGCGCCGAGGACCGCCGCUGCCCGCUGCACUGCGCGCCGCUCACGCCGCACGCGCUCGUCUCCUUCUCGCCCUUCUUCCGACGGGGCGUGUUCGAGUCGGGCAAGUGCGGCACGGGCUGACGGCGCGCGGAGCUCGCCGCGGCGCGCGCGCUGCUGGCGUGCGCGCUGCGCCUCGCCGCCGCGCUCGCGCUGCUGCUCGCGCACGCGCUGGCGCUGCUGCUGCUGCUGCUCUACAUGCUCUACCGCCGCCUCCGGUAGCGGGGGCACCGGGGGAUUAUACACAGAUAAAUUACUGCGCGAGGUCCACGGUUCUUGCUUGUGUAACGUGCGCGUGUUGCGGUAGGUCGCUACAUAUGCGAACGUACUCUACAGACGAAUUUAGUCAUGAAGUAACCGUUCAAUUUUGCAGUUGGGUGUACAAUAAACUGCAGAGAUAAGUGAUCCCCUCAGUAUUAAAACUUGUUUUCAGGGGGGGGGGGUCACUUAUUUCUACAACUUACUGUACAGUGGCGUUCAAAAGUGCAUGAAUAGUUGUCGACCGUAAUGCCUUAAUAUUACGAAUGAAACAUCUCCAUGCGCUUUUGGACGUACAUCGUGCACUGAACUGGCGCCGACUACAUGCUCAAGGAGCAUUCCAUGAAAUUGUCUACCGUUGUCCCGUACAAACGCGAAGUUUCUGAAGAUUUAAAGGUAUACGAGAUUCCUUUUCUAUGACAAAUGGUCAAAAAUAUGCACAGAAAAAUAAUCGCCUGCUUUAAAUGCCGAAAAAAAAAGUCGCAACACCGGAAAUGCAAUGCGUUUGUACGGGACAGCUCGUGGAAUGCUCCUCAAGCAUGUUAUUUAUGGUAGCCCGCGAUGCAACCACACUCAUGUACUUAAAUAAAUCGCACAGAUGCCUCAACAUGCGCAAGUUACAUAAACCAUUAAUUUAAAGAAAGAUCAGAUCGCGUUAUCUCCCAUGGAUGAUCACUCAAAAGCAAUGAAAACGGAUCAUUUUUAUCAAUUUCCAUACAUCAUGAUCCGUUUCCAAUGUUCUUGAGAGUAGAUACAUUAAUCCCCUUUGUCAAAUGAAAAUAAUAAGCAGCAAGCGCGACGCAGUGUGGUGGCGCGGACCACGGGUGCCUUCCUAUUUAUACUUUGUUGUCCAAGUAUCCAAGUCUGGACCAAUAUGUGAUCUAUGCUGCUGUUGUUAAGGUUUGACAAUUGGUCAGAUUUGGAAUUGUGUUUCUUUAUGUUUUAUGUUAAAACGAUCGGACAUGGUAUUGUAUGUUUUGUAAUAUAAAAACAAACAAUAAAUAAGCGCAAAAGAAUCACUUACUCAAACUUAGUCAAGUUCAAUAGUAAUUAUCUAAGUUUCUCUGUAACUACUAGAAAAAUACGAGUAUAAUGGUCGCUGUUGUCAAAAUACUGACCUUAUUGUGUGAGCAGCAAAGCAUACUUUACCGUGUACUUCGUAUCAUUCCGGGAUUGUCCUUAAACUGAUUCCAAACAUUACUUAUAUUUUCCAUUUUAUUCUUAGACUUGUAAGACGUAUAAUGUUGUGUCUGUCUGUAUUUUUUGUGCAAUUUACUUUAAGGAGUAUGCAAGUCUUCCUUUGUGUUUGUUGUUAUAUGUAAGCGAAACACGACCCUAUUACAGAUCUGUUAGAUUUGGUUUUUCAUUGUUUUCUAAGACAUGUAUUGUUAAAAAUCUUCACGGCACCAAUUGUAAUUAUUACCUAACAUUGUCAAAGUUACUGAACAUAUUUCUCUUUAUCUUUUCAUUUGAGGACAUUCUCUAUUGCAAAUUCGAUCUUAUGACUCAGACAUUAGAGUUUGUAUAAAGCACCCAAAGUUGGAAAGGUAUAUUUUUGCACGUGGCGAGUUCCGUAAAUUUUCGAUCUCUGGUCGCAGAGAACAAUUAUCGUUAAGUAAAUAAUAAUUUAAUAAAUGUAGUUAGUAUUGAAUUGUUUGAACCGAUUGAGAGGGUUUAGUACAGAUGACAUUAAGCUCAUACCAAAUCUAGGUAACUUCAAGGUAGCCCAUUUAAUAAAAAAACCCCAUUUAAAUCUUCUCCUUUAUAAUAUUUUUAACAUCGAUUUCAAAGUCAUAGUAUAUGAUCCGGCGUACAUUAUGAUCUUGAUGAGGUACAUAUGUAGUGAGACAAUCGUAUUUUCACGAAAACGCACGAACGUGUUAUACUAUUUCAGUCAGUCUCAUUACAAAAAGCAGGUAGGCUGAGGUUGACUGAAGUGGCAUGACAAACACAAACUUUUCCAAGAAAAUAUGAUGGGAAAGGAUUGUUCACUACAUCUCUAACUAGGUUGUCAAACGAUCGCGCGUUAACCAUGAACUAUCCAACUAUUACCACAAAAAUAUACUAAUACAUAUACUGCAUUGGCUUUAUAUAUGCUUAAUAGUUUUGAAACCUUAAUGCAUUUGUACUAAGCUCACUUACUGUCUCUAUAGUUCGUUUUUUUUAGCAUUAGAAAAAAGGCAAACAAUCUUGACGUGUCUUUUUUAUUGAAAAACAAUUAUGAAAAAUAAGUCACGGCAAAUAUGUAACAAUUAUGAAUCGUAUACGAUUAUUUACAUUUUUUUGCUGUCAUAAGUAAUAUUUACUAAUUUUUAAAAAGCGGUGGUCAAGUAACAGACUCUUAGUCUUUUUCUAAUGCUAAAAAAACGAACUAUAAUCGGUUUAUUAGUGUCUAGUAUAGUAUUGUUAAUGUGAUAAUAAUUUCUAUUAGUUUUUGACCAUGAAUUAAUUUAGUUCCGUGUCAAUUUUACAUUAAGACAAGCUUUUGCCCGCGGCUUCGCCCGGAAGAGCUUUUAACGUUCUAAUGAGAACUGAUAUCAAAUUAAAUCUGUUAAUUAUUAUAAGAUUUCUAACAUCAGACUUACUUUCUUGCGACACUCAAUAAAAUACUGAAAAGCAUCCUAUAUUAAUCACAGAACGGCCGAUUACCAAACUGGGUCUACUUCCUAAUUCAAAAUCAAGGAAUACUUCCUUGGCGGCGAAGGAUGAGAUUUAAAAUUGCCACAUAUGUCAUUAUUAUAUUCACAUAUAAUUCGACCAUGACCUAGGUAUCACGCGUUGCGAGAAAAUGUGUCGUGGUAUUCUAUUCUAUUUAUGCAUAUUUAUUAUAUGUUGUAAAUUUAACUUAAACUGUAAUAAAAUAAUAUAAAACAGGGUGCCCUUUUACUAUUGACAUUAUAUUUAUUUUGAUUCCCAAUCAUUAUUAUUACCGUCACCUAAUUGUAUUAAUUUUAUUAGUUAUAAAAAUAUAAUAUAGGUAUAAUGUCUGUAGUAAAGUAAAACUUCGUGUAAAUGAGAUAAUAAGGCCUUCUGUAAAUAUAACGGACUAUUGUGGCCUAUGGGUGAAAGCAAUUCCAUUCGGGUAACGUCAACAGGACUUGAAAAUUGUCAACAAACUCUUUGGAUAAGAAUAUUAAUUAAAAAUAAUAUGCAACUAAAAAUACCAAUUGGGUACAAUAGUCCUUUAUAGAUAAAUUAUCAAUAUAUAUCAUAUUUUUGUAUUGCCUAGCAUUCCUAUGGCUUAAUAGACUCAUGACCCCAAAAGACAUAGUUAUUAUACAUCUAUAGCUAUGGUUGUGAUAUAAAUGUAUUUUUUUAUAAUUUAUUAGCACAAAUGCUAAUCAUUAAUGGAUUCGAUUGAUUUGUAUAUUUAGUUAAAUUAUACGGUACCUGGUUUUUCGUCAAUUUAUAUAACUUUUUGUGCUCUGUUACUUUUAUUGUGAAUUAUUUUCGCAACUUUUAAUUGUUUGUUACUUAGCCCCUGGAUACACUAAAACUAAAAUUUUAUGAAUAGUAGAAGAGGUAUGAAUGAAGUUUACGAAAAAUUCGUGCCUCAAAUUUGACUGCUAAAGUAGAUGUCGCUAUGGACUCGAAAAUUAUGAGGUAAUUCUGGGUGUCAAAAUUUGACAUUUGUCGAUUCAGUUACCGACGCCGGAUAGUGCCAUCUACUCGUAGUUCGGGUGUCAAAAUUAGGAGCACGGUUUUUUGUUAAACUUUACAACUCUUCUUUAAAAAUGUAGCAUAAACUAUAUUUUUACAAAAAAAUCACUUAUUGGUAUUAAUUUAGUUGAAAAUGUGUAGAUGUGCCUUAAAAGUUGCGAAAACCCGGCGGCUCGCGAAGGCAUCGCUUCUGUGCGCUUUUCUACGUAAAGCCAUUACGCAUGCGUGCCCAAGCAUCGUGAGCUUGCCACCUUGUCUCUUUUCUGGUAAAUGUGUAUGUCCGAUCCGGAAAAUGGACCAUAGUGCAUAGUGCUACGUACGAAGAGUUAUUGAUUGUAUAUACUCGUAAGCAUUGUAAAAGCUAAGAAAAAAAUAUUUCUCGACUUUGAUCCAUGUGCUUUGUGGUUACUGAAUUAUCGAACGUCAUCCUUGAUGGGCAGUGUAGCCGUAGCCCUACAGCGCCUCUAAUAUCUAUAUCAGCUGUAAAAUUCGUUCGAAAACAGUUUUUUUCUUAGCAUUUACAAAUCUAGACUCAAUGCUUUGUUGUAUAUAUACAUAACUACUUAGAUCCAUGUUCCUGGGAUACGGCACAUAACUAUUAGGCAGAUUUCAAUUGUUUUAGAAAUCCCCUUUAUCCUGUAAUCCGUAAUACAAGCGUACAUCUCUCUAUCAAAUGUAGUUGAAUAGAUACUGCUUAUGAUGAUGAUGAUCCAUACCACAAGAUAUAAUAAAAUUAUCUUGCUUGUAAAAGGGGUGUCAACAAUAUAUUUAAGAGAUAACAUACUGCGUAAAGGGGGUUUUAAAAUAAGAUAGACCAUAGUCUAAUAAAACAUGGUCUUCUCUUCCCAGAGUGACACAAGCCUACGUCACAAUAACAUGGCCGCUAUAUAUAGCGCUAUCGCAUAUUAUCAUAUAGCGCUGUAGCAUGAUGACGUAGGCUUGUGUCAGUCAGGUGACCUAGAAAAGACGGGAAGAGAUUACCAGGCGGAGUAUAUUAUUAUACCAUGAAGAUAGACAAUAUGUGAUGAAUGUAAGUAAAAAGUCAAGCAACUAAUAUUCAUACUAUUUUCAUACCAUUGUUCAGAAAGUAUCACGUAGUGACUUGCGAUUCGCCUCAAAUAAAUGUACCUAUAUCUGUUUAAACUAUCGUAAUUUAUAAAAAUACAAAAAAAAUGGGUUUAGCGCCUACCCCGAGUAGAAAGACGGACUUUGUAGAUAGACCAAUAAAUAUUAGUUAGGUUUAUGAAUUGUAUAUAAAAAAAUAUAUAAUGUUCUUGAGGACGCGUUAUAUAUUGUCAACGUAGAUGUUAUGUACAGUCUGCAGCAAUAGUUGCUAAGCGGGCGAGGUGUUCAAAAUGAUCUUGACGCGUCUUUAUUGUUAAGGGAAUAAGAGCGUGUCAAGAUAAUUUUGAACACCUCUCCCGCUUAGCAACUUCUGCUGCUGACUGUAUGUCAUACUGAACAAAUUUUACUUUGGGAUUAACACCGAAGUAGCAAAUAUAUUUGUUCUUUUUUCAAUUUCAGGAAUAGUUUAGUAGUAAAAGUUCAAUAUGACAUGACAUGAGUCGUGCAGUUUCAUUGCCGGCUCUGUUCUGUGAAAGCUACUUACCAGACAAGGUGAGGUACAGAAAUAAUUCGUACCUACAUAUUUAUGUCGAAUAUUAUGAUAUUUAUGAUACAAGAAAGAGAGGUAAUUAGGCACUGUCUUAUUCUACAUGUUAGCAAAAUUCGCUUGAUUUAACUUAAUUACUGUUACCACACGGUAUAAGUGAGUUCAAUGUUCAAAUGUAUCUACCUAUGUAUUUAUUUAUGACAUCCAUCUGGAUAGGCAGGCCUAUGUAUAUUACGUCAGAAGCACAGAAUAAAUAAUAGUACUAGGUACAGAAGACUCACUCUCUAACAAAACGCGUCUGUUACGAUCAACACAGAUAUGGCCGCUAGGUGGCGACAGCGCCACGCGCGGCUUAUGGCUUUCCCGAAAAUUGGGGUGGAACGGACGUACUUUUAGCUACCUGUAGCAAAGCGACGAAAUCGCGGAGUGAGCCACGCCUAUGAAAAAUGUAUGUGUAAUCUCAACUGAAUAUUUCAAACACUGUGUUUAAUAUAAAUAAUAUUUCAUUCCAAUAAACAUAUUAAAUGUCAUUAGGACCUGUUUACAUUUACACAUUGACCUGUUAUGACAUUGCGAUAAUUAAUUCACAUAUUGAAUAAAAUUAUAUUUAUUUUCUGUUUUAAGUGUGUAUUCCGUGUGGUACUAUCCUACAUGUGAACAUUUACAAAUGUGUUAAUUUAUUUAGUACAAAUUUCGCACUGUUAGAAUAUAAUUAAUUGUAUUUUUUUCACUUAUUUUGGUGUUUGUAAGACAUUAAGUUGGAGACACCUGAUUCGCCUGCAUUUAUUAGCCGUGCGGGUAUUACGGCUGUAUACAUACUUAUAUACUUAUAAGCUUACGACAUAUAUACGACCAAUAUUAUAAGGGUUUAUCAUACUUGUCUUGUUUUGUAUAUCUUUGUUCUAUAAUAAAUAAGCAUCAAACAAAUUAUUUACUCAUUAAUGUUAAUCAAUUCUAAUAAGGUGUCUCGUAUCAAUAGUAUUAAAUUUUAAUGAUUUAUUUACUGUGUAGGUAUUAUAACACCAAAUUUAUAACUAAAUGUAAUUGCAGACCUAAUCAAUUUUAAUAAUUAAAAGUGGAAUAAUUUAUUUUAAUAUAUAGGCAAAUUUACUGUCCAUUAAAAUGAUAUUUUAAUAAUUCACUGAAGUAGAUGACUCACAAUAAUUAAUUCAUAGUUUAUAGAUUUGGGUUCACUUUUACACUCGGCUUUUACAUAUACAUUUUUUUUUCAUUCUCCAGUAUAUUGCGAAUAUUAUGAUUAGAACAAAAAUCUAUCUUUUUAAAUUACCUCUCUGAUUAAUAACUCAUGACAAUACCAUUCAACACAAUAUCACAAAUCAAAAUAUUUAGAAUGAAUUAGAAUUAUAUAUUUUUUCUUUGACAAGUUAUACUUAGUUUUCUUAGUAAAAGUGAAGUCAAAUAUAUAAGAAAACAAAUAGUAUAAUCGUCGGCUAGUUGUAAGGUGAGGCAGUUUGUCGGUCGAGAGUUUAUUAAGAGUUAACCAGCAUAAUGUAACAAGGUGCGAUUGUUAAGAGAUCAAUAAAUGCAAUGUGUUUUAAUA